AUGUGUCGCAUGCUAUCGUCCAUCGUUCCCCUGUUAUUACUAGCAGCGAAUGUUUUGUGCGCAGUCAACCCUAGUGACGAUGAAGUUGGUGUCGGCAGAUAUAUUAUCGAAGGCAGAGUGUUUCCGCCAGAAAACAGCGACGCGAGUAACUGGCAGAUCGACACAAGAAUCCACGUGAACGCUGGAGAAUACAUAGGUUUUGUUAAGAACGACGGUACAUUUACUUUACACAAUGUACCUUCAGGGUCGUACGUCGUCGAGAUUGUUCACCCUGAUUACAUGUAUGAGCCUGUUCGUGUAGAAAUCAACUCCAGAGGUAGAAUAAGAGCUAGGAGAGUAAACUACAUCCAAACAUCACAAGUCAUUCAAGUGCCGUACCCCUUGAAAAUGAAGGCUGCGACUCGCUUUAGAUAUUUCCAAGUACGAGAACAAUGGAGAAUCACAGACUUCCUCUUUAACCCGAUGGUAAUAAUGAUGGUGUUGCCGCUAUUCCUAAUUAUGAUCCUCCCAAAAAUGAUGAAUGACCCAGAAACUAAAGAGGAUUUAAAGCAGUUCGGUGACAUUGCCAAGAUGACAGAGUUUCCAGAAAUGUCAGAAUAUUUUGCCUCAUUCUUCAGUGGUGGGGCAAAACCGGGUGCUGCAAAGGCCAAACAAAACAAAAAAAGACAAUAA